UAUCCUGGUCCUGAACAUCGUCAAAGACAUUAUUCUGCAAUUAGUGUAAAUGCAGACCACAAAAGCCUUCAACCCCUCGAAUGGCGCAGCACUUGACUUAAGGUGAUGAACACCGCCAUCAAUGUGAUGAGCGAUCAAUCCAUCCUCCCGUACAUACAGCGGUUCAAUCUCAGCCCAGCUGUAUGGGCAAGCAAAGCCGCCCGUUUCCACGCCAUUGAGAGUGCGACGAGCAAUAUCACGCUUGCCCAAGAAAUCUUUGUGGAACCAUUCUUGCGAGGUAAUCUAGACGCCGGUGCCAUCAAGCAGUGGCUCAAGUCCAAGCUUGGUCUCGACUGGGACGAGUACGUAGUUCCGUACGAUGUCACGCAGGCCAUAUGUAACCAUCCACAAGACAAGAGCCUCGGUAUGCACAUCUUGCUCGCCACGAAGGAUGCUGGAGGAGGCUAUGGGGAUCCGUACUCGUGGAAAACCUUCCGGGAGAUCCUGACUGGCCUCCUUGGCGCACAACAAUUGCCGUCUGGUACAACUGCUGCGGAAAUUAUUCAAGACCGGGUCCAUUGCAAGAGAAUUAUGCACAACGAUAAUCGUUGGCCAACACAGCAAGAUUGUCUAUGUGGAUAG